CCUCGUUCUCUCUCUCUUUCUUGUGCGCAUGCGCCGGUAGGCGGGUUACAUAGACUUCAACACCUUAUACACAUUCACACUCGCUAAUAUUACGCAUUCAGAGCUGAUCCGCCGUCCGGGCUUCGGUGCAGCACACGGGCUAUGGAACGGGACGACUCUCCUCUUUUUGACUCCCACGAGCAGCAUGCGAGACGGGGGCAGACAUGACAGCGAACAGCCGAGGGACCAAAGCCGCUCCUCCCCCGGUGCAGCAGCGGCUGUCGGCGCUACCGAGGCCGGCGGCGGGAGUCCGGUACGCCGCGCUGGUGGCGGUGUGCGCGCUCUGCUACAGUAACUCUCUCUGGGGGGAGUUCGUGCAUGAUGAUAUAUGGGCCAUCACCAACAAUCCAGAUGUCAGACCGGGCUCCAGCCUCCGGAGCAUCUUCACCAAUGACUUUUGGGGCAAGCGGAUGGCUGAUAACACCAGCCACAAAUCCUACCGUCCUCUCUGCAUCCUCACUUUCAAGUUGAACAUUUUGCUGGGCGGCAUGACUCCAUUCUACUUCCACCUGGUGAACGUGUUUCUGCACUGCAUGGUGACGGUGCUGCUCAUGCUCACCUGCGAACAGUGUGUGUUUGAAGACAGCAACUUCUCUUUCCUCACAGCACUGCUUUUCUCUGUUCACCCCAUUCACACCGAAGCUGUGUCUGGGAUUGUUGGGAGAGCUGAUGUGUUAGCCGGCGUGUUGUUCCUCUUGUCCUUUCUCUCCUAUAUUAGGAGUGUGUCAGCAAGCAGAAUGGCUGACGAGUUUCCCCCCACAGUGUCCGUCUUGUCACUGGCUCUCAGUCUGUUGUUGGGCACCUGUGCCAUGCUGGUGAAAGAGACAGGCGUUACGGUGUUUGGUGUGUGCAUCCUAUACGAUUUCCUGGUGCUGUGCCGCAAACCACUCAUCUUGCACCUGUCGCGCUCCAGGUUGAAGGAGCUCGACAGAAUUUCCAGCCCAUUCGUCAAACGAGCUUGCGUCAUCUCGCUACAUGUUACAGUCAUCAUGUUUUUCCGUUUAUGGUUAAUGGGUGGAUCCAUGCCGCUGUUCUCAGAGCAAGACAAUCCAACAUCCUUCUCUCCAUAUCUGCUCACCAGGUUUCUUACAUACUGCUACCUGCUCGCCUUCAAUGCCUGGCUUCUACUGGCUCCCAUAGUGCUUUGCUACGACUGGCAGGUGGGCAGCAUUCCGUUAGUGGAGUCUCUGUGGGACGGACGGAAUAUUGCUUCCCUGGCUUUGGCUCUCGUCAUGCUGGCGCUGAUCCUGAACUGUGUUACAUGCCUACAGAAGAUGAAAGGAAAGGAGGUGUUGGUGGGCCUGCUGUUCCUGGUCUUUCCCUUCAUCCCAGCCAGUAAUCUGUUCUUCCGCGUGGGAUUUGUGGUGGCGGAAAGAGUUCUCUACAUGCCCAGGUUUGUGUGCGUGUGUGUGUUCUUUUUCAACACUAGUAAGUCUGGCAUUCAAACUUUACCUCACAAUGCUAAAGUUCAUUACAACUAUGCCAACUUCCUGAAGGACAGGGGACGAAACCAAGAAGCCAUUUACCACUAUAAAACAGCCCUCAGACUGUACCCUCGACAUGCCAGUGCUCUGAAUAAUCUGGGCACCCUGACUCACCAGGCAGAGGAGGCUGAAGUUUAUUACAGGAGAGCGCUGGAUAUUAACCCUCAACACAACAGAGCUCUCUUCAACCUGGGCAACCUUCUAAAGUCUCAGGGGAAGGAGGAAGAGGCGGAGAGGAUGUUGAAGGAAUCGAUUCGUUUCGGUCCCCAUUUUGCUGAUGCGUACUCCAGCCUGGCCUCUCUGUAUGCUGACCAGGGACAUUCAAAAGAAGCAAAUGAAAUUUAUACCAAGGGAAUUGAGAACUGCCCUGACAGUUCUGACCUCCAUAACAACUACGGCGUGUUCCUGGUGGACACCGGUCAUGGGGAUCGUGCAGCCUUUCAUUACCAGGAAGCGGUGCGUCUCAAGCCAUCUCACUAUGUUGCCAUGGUGAACCUGGGUCGUCUUCUUCGCUCGUCCAAUGACAAUAAAGAGGCGGAGCUAUGGUACAAAAGGGCACUGCAAGUGGUUCGUAAAGUGGAUAUCCUGACCCCUCUUGGGGCUUUAUACUACAACACUGGUAGAUACGAGGAGGCACUGGAGGUUUACAGAGAGGCGGCCACACUUCAGCCCGACAGCACUGAUAUCUGGCUCGCCCUGGCACAGGUUUUAGCCAUGGCAGGUCGCUCUGCGGAGGCCGAGAAAAUGACCCUGGGCAUCAUUUCAAAGACCAGCAACUGCAUUGAAUGUUACCGCUUGUUGUCUGCCAUCUACAGCAAACAAGGCAACCACACUGAGGCGUUGGAUGCAUUGAAGGCAGCACUGCAGCAGGAGCCGUCAGACCCUGCGGUGAGGGCAGAGCUGCACUUCUCAAUGGGCAACCAGCUCAGAGAGAUGAACGAGCUUGAUCGAGCCUUCCAGAGCUACAAGCUUGCUGUUGAGCUCAAACCUGACCAAUCACAAGCCUGGAUGAAUAUGGGCGGCAUUCAGCAUAUCAAGGGAGAUUAUGCAGCAGCACGAAUGUACUACCAAAGAGCUCUUCUCCUCUCACCCGGCUCCAAACUGCUGAAGGAAAACCUGGCCAAGCUGGACAGACUAGAGAAAAAACUCCAAGGGGCCUAGAGGAAAAGAGUGACCUGAACUAUCGGCCAAAUGAUGAAGGACAAGCAACCGAGAGACAGAAGGGUGAAGAGAGGGGGCGAACUAAGACAUGCAAACUACGGUUUGGACUCGGGAGAUGAUUAAUAACCACUUCCUUCCCCUCCAGAGUUUACAGAGAGCCUCUCGGAUUGAACUAAUCCAAAAGACUGAAUGUUUUAGCCUCUACAUCCAGGGCUGGACCACGCAGAUACCAUUGACCUCAACACAUCACUGCAGUAUCUCACAGCAACAUAUUUCACAAGUUCUCAUCAUUUUUUUCCCACGUGUCGUCCCAAGCACUAUUUGAGCGUUUGUUGUUCUUGUUUGAAUCGGAGCAGAGGCACCAUCUCUGAGAGGGAUUUUUUUUCGGAGCCGUUCCCCUCGACCACUGCAGCUCCGUUACGCUUCGCUGAUUGCAAAACCUCAGAAAGCAUUUCAGACAAACGCUGCGAGUUAUCAAAUAUGACUAGCUGUCUACUGUGUUCCAUGAGCACGGCUGAUCUGUUGUGGGUGGUCUGCUUGUAUUUUGUUUUGUUUUUUUCACAUGAUGACUUUUAAAUGAAGGAAAAAAUGUCGUUCAUCAUGUGCUUUAAUUCGAUCUCGUCUAUCUUGUACAUGCAUCAAUAUUGUGGAAUGUAUCUUGGACUAAAGGCAUAUUGACCUGUGCAGUGAAUUACAUAUCAUUUUUAUCCUCAUAAGCUAUAAUACUGAAGUCUCUUUAAAUUGGAAUUACGAAUAUCAUACCUAAUGACAUAUCCUUGAACUAGUCAUUAAGUGGAUUUUAGUCAUAUUUUGGGUGGCCGGAAUUUGUCAUGCGGUACUAUUGAUUACACCAUAAUCUUUGCACUUACAUUUCGUUGCCAUAGGAACUGUUAUCAAGAACAUUUCUUGAAUUCGGCAGAAGCAGCAGCCGUGCUAAACAUGUCAUAGCAGAAACCAAUGUGAAGUAAUGUAUGAUUAUUUAAUAAAUAUUAUCCAAUA